AUGCCAAUCCUCCACGAUGCGCCUGAUACUCCUCCGCCGCCGCUGCCAUCUCCCCUCCGGUGCCCGUUCCAUCCGUCGCUGCCCAUGGCCGGGCGCGGCCUGACUGAUGGCGCCCAAGCACUGGGCGCCGAUGAGUUGGAGGCGACCAACGUCCUAGCCGGCAGCCUAGUUGAGGGCGGGCGAGGCCUCACAGGGGGUGGCUGUGGCUUGGCCGUGACGAUCGGUUCCCUGGAGAUCGGACCUGAAGAAGACUUUGCCCUGGCCGUCCUGGCCGGCGGCGGUCCUAUCCUGGGGGCGGGCAGCCGUGGCUUGGGCGCGGCCGGCCAUGUUGUGGGGGCGGGCGGCCGUGCUCUGUCCGGUGGUGGCUGUGGCUAUGCCACGACCAGCAAUCCCUUAGCGGGUGGUGAACCUGAAGACAAUGGCGGUAGUCGUGUCCUGGGAACUGGCGGGCGUGGUUUGGGUGCGGCCGGCCGUGGCCUGAUCGGUGGCGGUCGUGCCCAUGCCAGCAGCAGGCAGCCCCUGACCGGUGAUGAGCCUGACCUCAAAGAGGUCAUGGCCGGAGGCCUGGCCGGGUUCGGCCGUGGCCAGGGGGUGGGUGGCCGUGGCCUGGCCAAAGGUGCCCGUGUCGUGGGCAGGGGCAGCCACACCCUAGCGGGGGUUGACCCCGACCUUGAAGAGGCCGUUCUUGGUGGCUAA